CCACCCGAAAUAUAUAAUAUCUAAAGUGGGAAUAUAUAUGUAAAAAGUGCCCACCAAGUCUUAUAUAAUAUAUAAUAUCUUCGGAUAUUCACAAAAAAACUAAAUUCUAAAGUAUUAAUAAAAAGUGAAUAGAUUUUUUAUUAUAAUAAUAUUAGAUGAAUCUAAAUUUUGUUUGGAAAAAAAAAAAAGAUGAAAACAAAAUGGAAAAAAAUAAAGAAAGAUAGACAGAAAAGGAAAUAAAUAUGUAAAAAGAAAAAAAAAGGUAAAAAGUAUACAUAUGAAGCGUGUCAACUGCAACAUUAAAUGCACAUAAAAUAAUGUUGGUGGAAUCGAACUCUCAACAUAUGAAACAGAAAGGGGCACAUUUACCAACUGAGCUACAAAAGAUACAAAUAAAAAGCUAUAACUGAACACGGUUUUAAAAGUAGUCGGGGGCACGUGCCCCCGUUGCUUACACUGUACAUCCGCCCCUGCCUAAUGGUGUGAGUUUGUGAGUGUUUGAUGUUCCAUAAGUACAGGGAGUUGGUUGUCUUUGCAAGGAGGCUAAGUAUAUAUGUAUGGGUCUACGGAUCUUGAUCUUUCUAAAACGAAGAUGAUUAUUUUGUUCCUUGUGAGAUCUAAUUCCACUAUGAUUUAUUCUCAUAUAUUAUAUAGAGAAAAAGGGCAAACUAUAUGUGCUGAUUAAAAAUUUAUUUGUAUGCUUUUCAAUCAAGCAUUUUAGUAUGUUAGUUACAACCAUACGUUAUAUAUCUUACAUACUGAUUCUUACGAUAAUAUACAGUCUCUUUCGUGGACGGUAACGGCUAAAUCAUAUGAGGCGAGACACUAUUAAUACACAACCGAUAGGAAAAAUUAUGAAGGAUAAUGGUUUAAAAUAAAAGUUACAAAAAAUGGUUUAAAAUAAGAAAAAAAGGAAAGUAAAUUUUGUAAAGCUGUAGCCACUUCUUUAGCAACUUAACGCUUAUGUGCAAAGCCAGAAUCAUGUUACAGUAUCAAGCAGGUCCCACAUUGUCACGAGAUUAAUUGUUAUUUUGCAUUAUCGGUUUAGCAUAUUGAAAGAGUUAUAGUAUUUGUUUAUGAUGUUGAUCAUGUCGCUUAUACUUUCACAAACCCUCUCUUCAUUAUAAAAUGUAGUUAAAUAUUUCAUUGUAUUCUCUUCAUAAAGGUGGUGAUACAAGAAACAAAAUGAAAAGAAAAUUAUAGCAAAAACCAAAAGACCAUGGGCUUGUUCGCUCGCUCGCUCCAAUUUCAUUUGUCGGUAGUGCUACUGCUAGCACACGCACAAUGUCCACGCACAAAUAGACAUUAGUCUUAUUAUAUUAGUAAAGGAUAAUAAAAAAUUAUCCAAAGAUGAUAAAUUAUUUAUAUAAUACCGUUUGUUUUAAGAUAUAAAUUAUUUUAAAAGUAUUUUCCGCUUAAAAUAUAAGUUAUAUCAUAUUUAUAUAUAAUAUUUUAUAUUUAUCGGUAUAUGGAAUCAAAUGUAAUUUAUAACUUUCAUUAUGAGUUGUCAAAUUGUAUUUAUUUAUCUAUUUAAAAUAAUUUAAAAAUAAUUCAAUAUAAUUUUUUUUAGUUUUUUUAAGAAAUAUUAUAAAACAAAAAGAGUACAAGUUACAAAAUUUUAAUGGAAAAUUUAUUUUUAAUAGCUGAUUUCAUUUGAGACGCUUAUUUUUAAUUUUAAAUAUUCGGAGACGUUUAGUUGGGCUGCAAGUUUUAAUAUAUGGUAUGGUUGUGUUAAAAAAAAAACAUUCUGAGACCCUAUUAUCUAGUAACUACAAAAAUGAAAGACCUUACUUAGUCAGUUAGAGCAUCAUUAUUGGUGUCCCUUAGGUUGAGGCCCUUAGCGUAGGGUCCCUUAACUUUUAACUAAAAAAGCUAAGGAAUGGCCCUUAAAUAAGGAACUUGAGAGAAGUCCCUUAGCGUUUUUAGUUAAAAAUUAAGAGACCCUACGCUAAGGGCCUCAACCUAAGGGACACCAAUAAUGAUGCCCUUAUUACAAUAGAAGUGAACUUCAUAGCUAUAAACUUAUAUGAACCUUAUUAUUUUCAUUUUUAAAAGUUUUGUUUACUUGCAAAUUUAGAUAUGUAAUAUGUAAGUUCCAAUUCAUAUUAUGAAACAACAGAAUCAUAAAUAAAAUAAAAAACAUUUUCUUAGUAUUAAAUAUCAAAUUGCAUAUCAACAUACACAAUUUAUUUCUCCCAAAAAAGUAACUGAAUAAGAUUUUUUAGAACUAAAAAUAACAAACAAAAGGAAGAAAAUAGUUACAUAAUUAAGCCUGGAUACUGGUGUAUUAAUAAAUUAAUUAAAAAUCGGAAGUUAUAUAUAAACACAUCUCGUGACUCACUCGCAGUUGCAGAGUCACAGACAGUAUCAGCUCCCUCACCACCACCUAUAUAUAUAUACAUAAAGAAACUCAACCACCGACGUUAAUUUUUUUUCCUCCGACGCCGAGACAUAAUGAAAUUACAUUUUAACCCUCUCUCACUUAUAUUCUUCUUCUUCCUCUUUGGUGCGGCAAUGUCGUCGAACCAGCACGACUACUCCGACGCACUCUCGAAAUCAAUCCUCUUCUUCGAGGGCCAACGCUCCGGCUACCUCCCGAACGACCAGCGUCUGACGUGGAGACGGAAUUCCGGUCUGAGCGACGGAUGGACGCACAGCACCGAUCUAACCGGCGGUUACUACGACGCGGGAGACAACGUCAAAUUCAAUUUUCCGAUGGCUUUCACCACGACGAUGCUCGCCUGGAGCGUAAUAGAAUUCGGAGAGCUCAUGCCUCCGCCGGAGCUUCGGAACGCCCUGGUCGCACUCCGGUGGAGCUCCGAUUACCUCCUGAAAUCCGUUUCGCAGCUACCAAACCGCAUAUUCGUCCAGGUAGGUGAUCCGAUUGCAGAUCAUAAUUGCUGGGAAAGACCUGAAGAUAUGGAUACACCACGUACUGCUUACGUCGUAAAUGCCCCAAAUCCAGCUUCUGAAGUGGCUGGAGAAAUCACAGCGGCCCUCUCGGCCGCUUCAAUUGCCGUGCGAUCAUCGGAUCCAGGCUACUCUCAGACGUUGCUCCAAAACGCUGUAAAAACGUUUCAGUUUGCUGAUAUGCACCGUGGUGCUUAUAGCAGCAAUGAUGAUAUCAAAAAUGACGUUUGCCCUUUCUACUGCGAUUUCAACGGAUUUCAGGAUGAGUUAUUGUGGGGAGCAGCUUGGCUAAGAAAAGCGACUGGUGAUGAAAGUUACCUUAGCUACAUUGAGAGUAACCGUGAACCCUUUGGUGCUAGCGAGAACGUCGACGAAUUCGGUUGGGACAACAAAAUUGGUGGACUUAAUGUUCUCGUGUCCAAGGAAGUUAUAACAGGGAAUAUGUACAACCUAGAGGCGUACAAGGCGUCAGCGGAGAGCUUCAUGUGUAGUUUGGUGCCGGAGUCUCCGGGACAGCAUGUUGAAUAUACUCCCGGCGGUCUUCUUUACAAGCCCGGCGGUAGUCAGCUCCAACACGCGACCACAAUAUCUUUCCUCCUGCUUGUAUACGCUCAGUAUCUUUCCAGAAGUUCCCUCUCCCUCAAUUGUGGCAGCCUCUCUGUCCCUCCUGAUCAUCUACGCCGUCUCGCCAAGAAACAGGUGGACUAUAUUUUGGGGGAGAAUCCAAUGGGAUUAUCAUACAUGGUCGGGUACGGAGAGAGGUAUCCAAAGAGGAUCCACCACCGUGGCUCAUCGCUGCCGUCGAUCGUAGACCAUCCAGGCACCAUCGGGUGCAAAGACGGAUCGGUUUAUUUCAACUCGACCGAACCAAACCCGAACGUUUUGAUUGGAGCGGUGGUGGGUGGGCCCGGAGAGGAUGAUAAGUACGAUGAUGACCGGUCUGAUUUCCGCAAGUCAGAGCCCACUACUUACAUCAAUGCUCCUUUCGUUGGUGUAUUGGCUUACUUUGCAGCCAAUCCUAGUUUUAGCUGACGUCAUUGGAGUAACAUUAGAUAUCGAAAGAAUGGGAGCACUUUUUGUUUUUGUUUUUGUUUUGUUUUAAGUUCCUUGUAGGCAAUCUUACACACGCAAAGCUAAGAAAGAAAAUUCCAGUCUGAAUAUCUCAUUCGGAUUACUUAACUUGGAUAUCAUCUCUGUAUUUCAAAUGUAAUGGAUAGUUUAUUCGUAUAUCAUACAUCCACAUAAAUAAUAUUGUUUCGAAAAAUACAAUUAUU